GAUCGUUCCAGCAUCCAGUGUCUCGAAAAACCGCGAUCGAAACAAAAACAAAUCGGUAUAGUAAUAGUAAUAGUACUAAAAACGAUUCCACCGAACUCAAGCCGCACACAAAUCGUAAAUCUCAGAGGCGACCACAGAAGCAGCAUGAUUGGACGAGAACGGUGCGGAGGAGUAAAAAACGAAGAUUAGCUCAAUGGCUCUUGGCUCUGGCGAGUGAUAAGUGAUAAGUCGGUCUGAGAUAAUAUUUUAAUACAAAAUAUUUGGCACAAGCUGUGUGGGCACGUCACCCCCUUUCGGGCCAGAGCCGGCAGCUGCAAGAUACAGUUAAGAUCCGACGCCACCAGAGCACAUCAUGCCACUCGAUCAGCGCCCGGUCUCGCGUCAGGUUGUUGUUGUGUAGAUACGACCAGAUCCUCGGGAACCCGGAACCGAGCUAAUUGCCAUUUAGCGAUACAGAUCUGGCGAAGAUUAAGAAACGUGCGCGUGUGAGUUGAGUGCCUCCCGCCCAGAGAGGCCCAUGUGCUAAGUGAGACCGCGUGAGACCAGAAUCGAGACGAAACUAGGAUGGUGCAGAGCGAGAAUCCCAGCAGCCUGGGUCACGAUGCGGAGCAGGAUGCGGAGGCUGGUCGUCCGGAAUCGCGAGAUGAAUCCGAUGCAGAGACCCGCCUGUUGGAUAAUGGAAAAACCUACGACAAGGAGCAGGAGGCGGGCAUCAAUCUGGGCGAGAAAGAACCCUCCUCAACAGGAAAAACAAAGCCCAAGAAGAAGAAACAGAAGAGCGAACAGGAUCGCCUAAUGACAGCCGAAAUCAACAAACUCCUGAAUGAAUCACCGCUGGAGAAGAAUGUAACUUGCGGCUUUUGGAUAUUCAAAGGACCAUUCUACCAAAGAUUUGCCAAUCAAACAGCUUAUGUCUUGCUCUAUGGCAUCGUUGGCUGUAUCUUUUCAAUGACAUAUGCCUAUUUUAAUGGAACAAUUACCACCAUAGAGAAGCGCUUCAAGAUUCCCUCAAAGAACACGGGAAUCAUCUCGGUGGGCAAUGAUAUCAGCCAGACUUUGGUAUCUGCAGUCUUGGCCUACUAUGCCGGCAAGGGUCAUCGGCCCAGGUGGAUAGGCUUUGGACUACUAACCAUUGUACUGUUCUGCGUGCUGACCACCUCUCCGCACUUUCUCUACGGACCCGGCGAAGAUGCUCUGGCUCUGACCGCAGAGUUUGGUGGGUUGCCCGAUGAAAAUGCCACCAUGGAGGCCAUUGAGGAGCAACGUUCCAAGACAUUGUGCCGCUUAAAUGGUGGCGGAGCGGAAUGCGAGAUGGGCGAGGGAAACUUUGCACCACAAUUGCUCCUGUUUGUGGCCCAAUUCAUAUCGGGUAUCGGUGGAUCCCUUUAUUACACUCUGGGCGUAUCCUACAUGGAUGACAACACCAAAAAGUCUAAGACACCGGCUCUGCUGAGUCUUUCGUAUUUCCUGCGAAUGCUGGGUCCUGCCAUUGGAUAUGCACUGGCCUCCUUUUGCCUGCGGCUGUACAUUGCCCCGCAGAUGCAUCCGGUUAUUAACAACAAGGAUCCGCGUUGGUUGGGCGCCUGGUGGCUGGGAUGGCUGGUCAUGGGCGGUCUGCUGGCCUUCUCUGGCGUGUUCCUCUCCAUGUUCCCCAAGGAUCUACCCAGGGCAGUUGCCCGCCGAAAGGUGGAGGAGAAUCGUGCUCGAGAAAAGGAGAAGCUUGCGCUCAAGAGUUCAGAAAAGGAACGCCUGAACGCCGAAUUGGACCAAAAGUCGGCCACUGUGGAGGGAAAAGCCUCGUUCCAGGAUAUGUUAAAGACCUUCCGACGAUUGAUCACCAACAAGACAUACAUGUGCAACACACUCUCAACCAUCUUCUAUUUGGUGGGUUACACGCCCUACUGGAUCUUCACGCCCAAGUACAUAGAGGUGCAGUACCGCCAGUCGGCGGCCACAUCCUCCAUGGUGACCGGAACUGUGGCACUGGCCUUCUCCGCCGUGGGCGUGCUACUCUCCGGCUUCAUCAUCUCGAGGUAUAAGCCUCGAGCUCGGUAUAUGGCAGCCUGGAACGUGAUCGUGGGCUUCCUCACGGUGGCCGGCAUCCUGGCUUACGCCUUUAUUGGAUGUCCAGGAAACGAGAGCUCCGUGAUAGUGAACAUCCAUGACAGUUCCCUGGCGGGCAACACAACCACCUGCAAUUCUGCCUGCUCCUGCGAUUAUGUCCGAUAUUCUCCGGUUUGUGGCGAGAACGAUAUGACCUACAUCUCCGCCUGCCACGCAGGAUGCAAAAGCUUGCAUGUCAACGCUGAGGGAAAGAAGAUCUUCUACGAUUGCUCCUGUAUUCCGGGCAAUGAAGGCGGCAACUCAACGAAUCAGUUCACACGCCUAACCAGCUCUGAUUUAAGCAGUGACAACUCCACCCUGGACAUGUCCACUCUGAACCAGUUGGAGGUUCUGGCAAACGGUCAGGCCAUGCCUGGAGCCUGUCCGGUAAACUGCUGGACACAGUUCGUGGCCUUUCUGGCCGUGAUGUGCUGCCUGAAGUUUGUGGGAGCCUCUGGUAGGGCCUCAAAUUUCUUGGUCUCGGUGCGAUGUGUUCCUGAAAAGGACAAGACGGCGGCCAUGGGUUUCGGCAUGACCAUGUGCUCGAUGCUGGCCUUCAUUCCCAGCCCCAUCUUCUUCGGCUGGGUCGUCGACAGGGUCUGUCUCGUAUGGGGCAAGACCUGUACGAACAAGGGCAAUUGCUGGCUCUACGAUCCCCAAUCCAUGAGAUACUCUCUGAACUUCACUGCUGCUGUCUUCAUUGCCAUUGGGUCCAUCUUCGAUCUGGGCGUGUGGUACUACGCCAAGGACCUAAAGAUCUUCGACGAGGAGGUCAAGGAAGUGGAGAUGCAGAUCGUUCAGCACGAGGAGGAGGCCAGCAACGAGAAGAAUACAGAGAUCUAGACCUAAGUUAUUGUUACACCUAAGAGCUGUGUGAGUGAGAGUUUUGGUGCCUUGAUUUGUCAAUAUCCAUGUGUGAUUUCCCCCCGUAGAGUCCGGUACGAUAAUAAACUGUAUUGUAACAGUGUGCUCGUCCCACUGUGUACACUUGUAUGGUAACUACUGGCAAUUAAAAGAAGAUCCCGAUUA